AUGCCCCCUCAGUCUCACGCGGGCUCGCCACCCCCUCCUCGCCGACACAAACACCAGGCGGCACCUCUCUGCCCCAACUCUCCGCGCAGACCCCACGCGCACGUCGUCCCCCUCUCCAGGAGCUCCGGUUCGAGCUAUACGGAUAUCGCUCAGAGCCUCGCUACUGUUCCCCCGCCGAGUCCUAGUCCGCGCCGAGAUCCAGCUCUGGGUCGCGCCGUACCAGGAGGGUUCGAGACCACGUCAACGCGCGCGUCCCUGCCGAUACGCCCAGUACAGCAGUCGAGGGUGGCGGUGGCGAUGGUGAAGCCCUCGAGCGCGUGUGCGGUGAUGUAUGAAGGAUAUGCUCGAACGGGAAAUUGGUCCACCGCCUCGCUCCCUGCUCGGUCGUGCGGGGCAAAUGUGGUUGGGAUUGAGUGUAUUCUGCACGCGAGGCAGCCGGACCGGAGGGCGAGGAAGAUCGCUAUGCCGAUGGCUACGGAGGGGCAGACGGACGUGAUUCGGCGGAAGGGAGGCGAGAACGCCAAGGCGUGCGUGGAGCGAGUGGAGCGCGAGGGCGCUAAGGUAUCGACCGAGUUCCACGACACGGCGGAUGGAUCAUUCUACUCCUUCUGCUCUCAGCGUAACGCCCCCCCCGUACCCCUCCUGACCGGCGGUAUCAUCUGCCCCUUCCGCUUCUCCAGCUCCAUGAUUCGCCCGCCGCGCACAUUUGGUUCGGUCGGGUCCACCAUGUCCACCGGGCGCCAGCGGCGGGUCUUGCGGGAUUUGACAAACCAUGCUGGUUUGGGCUGA